AUGCUCAAACUGUUUCGGCCUCUCGUUGCUUCGUCCUCUCAGCUCCGAAACGGAGGAAAAGCCUUCUCAUCAUCAUCAUGGAAUUCUCUCUCUAUUACGGUACUCCAUCAUCAGUCCAAAACUAAUACUACAGCAUCAUUACUAAUGAAUUCUAAAGUGAUGGAUGUCAAUACAAAGAGAGGAAGUGCAAAAAGAAGUGUCGGAAUUGUUGGAAUGCCCAAUGUCGGAAAAUCAACACUGUUUAAUGCAUUGACAGAAUCUCAAAAAGCUGAAGCUGCUAAUUUUCCCUUUUGCACUAUUGAACCUAAUGUGGGUGCAUGUACAGUUCCUGAUGAACGUCUCGAUGUAUUAGCUGCCAAAGCAAAAACAAAAAAGAAGGUACCAACCUAUAUUGAAGUGAUUGACAUUGCUGGACUUAUUAAAGGAGCCGCUGAAGGAAAAGGAUUGGGAAAUAAGUUUUUAAGUCACAUUCGAACAGUUAAUUGUAUUGCUCAAAUGGUGAGAUGUUUUGAAGAUCCAGAUAUUACUCAUGUCGAAAAUUCAAUUGAUCCAAUUCGUGACGUUCAAAUUAUUGAGCAAGAAUUAAUUCUCAGUGAUUUAGAAGUUGUUGACCGAAAUAAGAAAAGAAAAGAAAAUUCAACUUCCAAAGACAAGAUGGAUGUUUUGACCAAAUGUUAUGACACCCUAAUUAAUGAAAAACCAUUAUAUGGAGUGAACUGGACUGCAGGAGAGCAGCUCAUUUUGAAACAAUUCAAUUUCUUAACAACCAAACGAGUUUUGUAUAUUUGUAAUGUGGAUGAAAAGGCGCUUGUGGAUGGUGGAAAUAAUUUCACUCGUUCUCUUCAAGACUAUCUCAAACAACGAGGAAACGAUAUUGAUCCUGUAAUUGUGUGUGCACAAUUGGAAUCUGAGGUGGCUCAAUGCGAGCCCGAAUCAAGACUGGAAUUGUUGAAUGAAUAUGGGCUCAAGGAAACAGGCCUUCAAAAGAUUAUUACAUCCUCAUACAAACUCUUGGAUCUUAUUACUUUCUACACUGUUGGUGUUGAAGAAACUAGGGCAUGGACUGUAACAAAGGGGAGUACCGCUCCUGAAGCUGCUGGUACCAUUCAUAGUGAUUUUGAAAAAGGAUUUAUCAAGGCUGAGACCAUUAAUUGGAAAGAUUUCUUGGCCUGUGAUUGUGAUGAAACCAAAGCUAAACGAAAGAAUCUCCUUAGAGCCGAAGGAAAGGAAUACAUUACCCAAGAUGGAGACGUUUAUCACUUUAAAUUCAAAGCAUAA